GUUAAAUUUAUUUCCGCUACUGUGGACUAACUGGUGACUGGAUUUAGUUCUUGAAUUGCAAACCUUCAAAGGUCUUGUAUAACCGUUAUCAAGAGGAAAAAUAAAGUCGUGGGAGUUGAUCUUCAAUCCACCUUAACCUUAAUGGUUAUCUCUGACCCUGAUGUUGGUAGCGCAUCUGUGAGGUUUCUUCUUUUUGACCAUGACCAUUUUCUUUGGCAUCGCAAGACAAGAAGACUUCUACCUUCCUUUAUCAAUGAACUGUUGCUACUAGCUAUCAAUAGCUAUCCAUAGCCGCCAAGGAGAAGAAGACGGAGAAACAGGAGAGAAGAGGAAAGCAGUCCUGCAAUCAAUCUCGAGCGAGCUACGGAACAAGCAAGCCAAGAAAGAAAGACAGCAACCAUGUCCUCCUUCCAAUCGGGCAGUCACUUGCAACCUCCCGUGGUAGAAACCGCUGCGAGUAAUAUCCCCGCUCCCUCUCCUCCCCGCCGUCGACGCGCCCAACUGACUUGGGCGAAUCUGUGCAGUUGCUUGCCGGAAUUUCUACGAGAUCGCUAUGAACGACAAUACUUUUUCCUGGUCGUCAUGACGAGCCCCGUGUGGCGGUUUUUCAUGUGUCUCUGCAUUCUGCUAUUGCUGUUUGGAUCGCACAUUCAGAAUCUGUGGUGCGACAAGGACUACGACAUGGUCUUUGAUGUGCUCUACACAAUCGCCUUGACGGUCUUUUGUCUCGACAUUAUUUUGCGCAUGUUGUCCGUGCCCGGGUAUGCCGGUUUUAACUGCAAGCCGCUCUACAAUCGAAUUGGAAAAUUCUUUGGAUGUUUGCCACGCACAUCCAGACAUCAUCAUCAUUAUGACGAUGAACCGCCCUUGCAUAUUGGGUCCUUUUUAUUCUGGUGUGAUGUCAUUAGUACUCUGACGCUACUCUAUGAUAUCUCCUACAUUAACCAGAAACAACGGGAAAUCCGAGCAAACGACAUUCAGUUGGAUACCUAUGGGAUUCCGACGGAAGGACAAAUCAAUCAAGAUUUACCCGUUGAGAAUGAGGUUUUCUUGCUGGCCACCGUUGGAAAGACGGUGCGAGUCGUACGCUUUGUACGAAGUUCACGAGUCGCCAAGGCUGUUGGAAUGGUCAAUUGGUAUUGGCCCUUUCAGGUACUCAAUCCACACAACAUAAGACGCCACUUUUGCGGCGAAGGAUCCAAAACUAACACCACCAACAACAACAAGAAUGCCGACAAUUCCGAAGCCGAUGGCAAAAAGAAAAGUAGUGACGAAAAACCCAAGAGUCCUCCCAAUUCGGAUCGAUCCCCGCCCGCAUUUGAUAAUCGAGCGGCCACGAUCAAUAAUCAAAAUGGUGCGGGUCCUCCGGAACUCAUGCGACGGCGGUCGUGGGGAGGAUUGGGAAUGGCCACAUUGGCUGCCGUCAAGGCACACAAAUUGGCAAAGGAUGAACAGGAAAAACAAGGACGUGGAGUCUGGGGAAAGGUGAAACGGGCACUCUGGACUGUUGGAAUACUCCGCAAUGACAAACUCGAAUGGCAACGGCAGUUGGCGGCCACCAAAAUUCAACGCGCAUGGCGCAAGGUCAAACAGUACGAUAUUCCCGAAAAGGAAGAAGAUUUUGCCUGGCAAGAUGCUACCACGUCCCUCCGAAAAUCACCCAACUCGGCGGCCGCGGCAUUUCGGAAACGGUCCAUUAUGGAAAAACAUCUCUCGUCCAAUCGGCAUGUCGCCUUUCGACAAUCCCGCAAACCAACAAGUCAUAGAAGUGGAGUUCCUGCGGGAGAUGCCACCGCGGCAACUGCCAAUAGUGCAGGAAUUCUGGACAAACGACGUGGUAAUGAAUCUCAAGUCGGUGGUGCCAUGCGAGAAUUGACCGGACAACGAGUGGCCAUUGGAAUUAUUGUUAGUUUGGUACUGACCGUCAUUUUCACUUACGCCGAACAAGAUGCCACGCGUCAUUCGACCAUGAUUGUGCUGCACGAACAAACCAGCUAUCCACAAUUUGCAAAUGCAUCGAUCGAUGCGGCGCGGUAUUCCUCCAUUCCGGAUCUCUUCAAAUACGAGUUUGCCGAUAACACGACACUCGAGUUUGACCCCUUGACCGGUGAAGAUCCCCACAAUCUACGAAAUCGCGAGACCCUGCGAAUUACAGUGGAGGAUUCUUAUGGCGGUAAAACUGUUGGGUGGUUUGCCUACCGCGAUGAGAAACGGUCGCAGGCCAUGGGAGAAUUGUUUUCCACUCUCUUCAUUCUACUGAUUUGGUUGUUUGGUGUGACAGCCUUUGCAGGACCAGUCAUGAUACUGGUCGUUCUCCCCAUUGAGAGAAUGGUGCGAUUGCUAGGUAUGCUGAUGCUGGAUCCACUGGGUUAUCAGAGCACGUCGCGGUAUCGAAAAUUUGUUGCAGAGGAGGACGUGUUGACGAAAAACACGCGUUGGACCAAGGAAGUACUCAAGGGUAUGGAGACGAGUUUCCUCAUGUCCACCAUUUUGCGUAUUGGUAGUUUGAUGAAGGUUGGUUUUGGAAGUGCUGGUGUGGAGAUUAUCCGACAAAACCUCCAAAGGAAACAAGGUGCCAAUGUGAAUUUGUUGACCACUCGCGGUGCCACUGUCAGUUGCAUCUUUCUUUUCUGUGAUAUUCGACAAUUUACUGAUGCUACGGAAUGCUUGCAAGAAGAGGUGUUUGUGUUCACAAACAGGAUUGCGGCUGUGGUCCAUUCCUUUUGCCACAGCUACGGAGGGAGCGCCAACAAGAACAUUGGCGACGCCUUUCUCUGCAGUUGGAUGCUGGAUGACCCCGAUUCUGGCGCCGGUUCAGGUAAUCGCUCGUCCGACAACAAGGAUGGCCUUGCUGCUUACAAUAAUCAGGCCGAUAAGUGUCUGCUCUGUGUUGUAAAGAUCUGCAUGUCUCUGCACCACGAUCAAUACUAUGUGGAGACCAUGAGCGAGCAAGCGCGGGAACGGCUGUUGGCCAAGCUAUCAAAGCGACCUGGACCAGUUGUGCAAAUGGGGUGUGGACUACACGCAGGGAAAGCUGUCCAAGGGGCAAUUGGUUCCGAACGAAAGAUUGAUGCAACUUACGUUUCAGAAGCCGUGGAGAUGGCCGAGUUCUUGGAGUCUUCCACCAAGAAGUAUGGUGUCAACAUGCUUAUGUCGGAUAGCUUCCAUCGAUUGUUGCACUCUAGUAACCGAUAUCGGUGCAGAAUAGUUGACCAGAUCGUGAUCCAAGACGACGACGACGAUGAGGACGAAAUUUACGACGAGAACGUGAUGGAGCUCUAUACAUACGACAUCAACGUUGAUGCACUAUGGGAAGUGCCAGCUGCAAACGAGGGGCAAGGCACAGACAACAUCAGUGACACAGAGUCCUUCAACGACCGCUUGGGUUCUCGUCGGGAGGCAAAAGCUAAUCUGUCGAUGAGGGGCAAGUCCGGCAGAGACGGUAAUACAAAACGAAGGACAGGUCGCAGGAUGAGUCUUACCCGUUUGAGCGGCAAGUCGGCGCCUGACGUCAAUGUCAUCAGUGAUGAACUCAAAAUGGAUGCCUCUGCUACCUUCGCGUUAGGCGGAGCUGGAGCGGGUCCACAGAGUACUGCACACAUCACCACAGACAAGUCGGAAGGAGUUCCUUUUGUGAAACCUGAGCUUGUCCUACCUACUGGACCUGCGUUGUACAACGCCAACAUUUGGAGAAGCGAGGUCAUGCUGAAGAUUCGCCAAAAGUAUUCAGAUGGUCUCUUCUUUCACAAAUUCAACUCUGGUCUGCAAUCCUUUUACUCGCAGGACUGGGAUCACGCAAAGCAGUGCUUUCAGGGUAUAUUGGACGAUUGCCUCGACGACGGGCCUUCCAAGUAUUUCUUGUCUCAAAUCGAAAAACACAACGGAAAGCCACCCCCCAACUUCAAGCCGUAUGGAAUUGCUUAGGUAGUUGUUGCACAGUGUACAGUACCACUAGGAAUUGACUAGAGAUGUCAUUUCUUUUUGCGAUUCUAGUUUCUAGUUUAUGUACCUUUUCAGUCUUUCAGUUUGCUUCCUCCGAAGUUAUGAUCUGACCAGUCUUCUUUCGCCCCAUCGUCUCAUUCAAAGAAAUGGUGAGGAACUUCUUCUAGCAACCACAGGGCAAG